AUCUUAUUCUUCAUGACAAUUAAUAAUAAUAAAGAUCUACCUUUUAUUUCACGUCGGUCCACUGUUUAUGGCACUCAUGCUAUGGUAGCAAGCUCUCAACCUUUAGCGACUCAAGCUGGUAUUGAUAUUUUAAAGAAAGGUGGAAAUGCUGCUGAUGCUGCUGUAGCUAUUGCUGCUGUAUUAAAUGUCACUGAACCGGGAUCAACGGGUAUUGGUGGCGAUGCAUUCUGUUUAUUUUUUGAUGCAAAGACAGGUACUGUGAAAGGGUUGAAUGGUUCAGGAAGCACACCUGCUGCACUUACCCUAGAUUAUCUUCGUCAUCAUGAAAAUAUCAUUGGAGCCUCUUUAGCUACUCAUAGCAUUCAUGCCAUUACAGUACCUGGUGCUGCUGCUGCUUGGGUAGAUACAAUAGAGCAUUUUGGUUCAGGAAAAUUAGAUUUAACCACUCUUCUCACACCUGCUAUUGACCUUGCUGAAAAUGGAUUUCCUGUGUCACAUAUUUCAGCUCAUAGUUGGGAAAAAGAAACAGAUAAUUUAAAAGCAGUUAAUAAGAAUAAUGAAUGGUUAAUUGAUAAUAUAAGAGCGCCUAAAGAAGGAGAAAUGAUGACUAUACCUACUCUUGCCAAGACCUUUCGAAAGCUUGCGACAGAAGGUAAAAAAGGAUUUUAUCAAGGUGAGAUUGGUGAUAGGAUCCUUAAGGCAUUACAAGAGCGAGGAAGCUUGAUGACAGCUGAAGAUCUUGCUCAACAUACCUCGGAAUUAAUUGAACCUAUUUCGAUCGACUAUCAUGAUUGGACGGUUUGGGAAAUUCCACCUAAUGGACAAGGCAUCACUACCCUUAUGGCAUUAGGUAUCAUUGAACAGCUCGAGGAAUUGGGGCUCAUUGAUUUCUCAAGGAUCCCACAGGGUUCAGCAGAUCAUUUACAUAUCGUCACAGAGGCACUUCGUAUCGCCUUUGCAGAUACUCGUUGUUGGCUUGGUGAUCCCGACAAAGUUCAAGUACCUACAAAGGAAUUGUUAAGCAAGGAAUAUCUAAGGAAGCGUGCUACUGAAUUGUUUAAUAUAAAGGAGCGUAAUGCCAAGAUUGAAAGAGGUGAUGUCUUGGCAGGAAAUACAGUUUAUUUCUCUGUUGUAGAUGAAGAAGGCAAUGCCUGUAGUUUCAUUAAUUCACUUUUUAUGCAUUUUGGUUCACAUGUUGCUGUUGAAGAUACGGGCAUCGUUUUACAUAACCGAGGUUGCAAUUUUGUUCUUAUAGAAGAUCAUCCCAAUUGCCUUGGUCCUCAUAAACGUCCUUAUCAUACCAUCAUUCCUUCCAUGAUCACUUGUGGUGAUCGACUUGAAGCUUGUUUCGGCGUCAUGGGCGCCUUUAUGCAACCUCAAGGUCAAGUCCAAGUCAUCUUGAACCUUAAGCAUUAUGCAAAUAACCCACAACAUGCAUUAGAUUUACCUCGUUUAUGCGUUGCUCCUCCUCCUCUUCCUCCAACAACAACGAAAGAAAAUGAUGAUGAUGAUGAUGAUGAUAUAUCUUCAAAUGCUUAUCAUUUUACAAAGGUAACAGAUUCAGUUAUUUAUUUAGAAGAUGGUAUCAGUGAGGAAUGCCAAAGAGAGUUGGAGACAAGAGGUCAUACCUGUUAUCGUCUAUAUCAUCAUGAUAGAGCUAUGUUUGGACGUGGUCAGAUCAUAAAAGUCAAUCUAGAUCCAAGGACUGGCCAUCGUGUGCUUGCCGCUGGUAGUGAUCCACGUGGUGAUGGCUGCGCCUUUGGAUGGUGAAAACUAUAUACAUGUAAUAUGUAUAAAUAAAUAAAAAAAAAAAU